AUGUUUCAGUACCUUGAGCUUAUGUGUAAGACGGUUCAGAAACAACAGUCGACGUUCGAGCCAGUGCCGGGUGUACAGCAACCAGUCAAGUCUCUACGGCCCACGGUUUCCGGUGGGUAUCGCAUCCAAGUCCACUCAGUGACAACCAAAGUGUCUCCGGUGGGUGACCAGUCCGUGGUACAGCUAUCCGUACGGUUUACCACAGUGGAAACGCACCAGGUUAUCUGGGCGUACAAUGUGCUCGGACACAUGGUCCCCGUGCAAGCUGGGGACCCCUACUCUUCAGUCCAUACAGAACAUGAUAUUGAUCUAAUAACCACAGACCUGUAUAUGAAAACUGAGGACUUUGGGCAAAUGGAACUUCUUUACCUCAAAAUACUUUCCGAAUUUUCGGAAGUCACAAUCUUAUUCAAAACAGACGGCCCUCUGAAGGAAGGAAAACUAAAUCUGUCACCUGUAAAACUUUGGAACGAGGAACCAUCACCAGAAGUGCUCCUAUGGAACCCAAAGGAAAAUGGAACCGUAACGACAUACCUUGACACCAACGCCAAUAAACUAACGACAUUCGUGAAUUUCAUUGGCAUCAACUCGUCCGAGCAACCAAACAAGUUACUUGACCUCCAUAGUGGCGAUCAUCGAAUAUCAAGCAUCGUGAUCAAUACAACGCGAGGGUUUGUGUGGUCAGUAGGUCUGGAUAAUUCGCUAGUGGACCUUGGGGGGAUGAUAACACUACGCGUUGUUGAGCAACUUCAUCACGGACCAGUCCUUCAGAUUCACGUCGGAAAGACUCUUUACAUAAUUCCUGACAAGCUUGGCAGUGUAAGAGCUCCUUUUGAGACCAACAGUUUAGCGCUGUUAUCUUUAUACAAGCAAACAGGACAGUCAAUAGUGACCAAGGCGCCCAUUGGAGCGAUUUGGUGCUACGCUUUUGGUAACCCUCCACCACAGACGUCUAUUCUGCGAUUUAAUCGCACCGGUAAUGUGGAAAAGUUAAAAGGGCUUGUGUAUAACAUUGGCCAGUAUGACAGUGCCCAAGUGGUCAUUAUUUCUAACGUAACGCGGGCAGACAGCAUUCAAUACAUGUGCGAGGCGAGGUCAGGAAUGAAUAUUGUAUCCGAACCGGUGUAUGUCCGAAUAAGCUGAUAGUUGAUAUUUGUUUUAUAUAGCUUGAACUUUUUUUCCCUCACACAAAUUUAAACUGUUUAACGUUAAAUAAGAAACGACGAGAACAGAUGCUUUAUUUCGGUAAUUCAU